AUGCAGAGUUUUGUGAAAGCCCUUCUGGAGAAGACCAUCAUUCUUAAGAUUGAACCCUCAAAUACAAUAGAAAAUGUAAAGGCCAAGACCCAGGAUAAGGAAGGAAUUCCUCCUAAUCAGCAGAGACUGAUCUUCGAGGGAAAGCAACUGGAUGAGCCACCCAGGCACCCUGACUACAACAUUCUAAAGGAGUCCACUCUUCAUCUCGUGUUGAGACUUUGUGGUGGUGCUAAGAAAAGGAAGAAGUCUUACAGCCCUCCCAAGAAGAAUAAACAUAAGAGAAAGAAGGUUAAGCUGGCUGUGUUGAAAUACUGUAAGGUGGAUGAGAAUGGCAAAAUCGUUGCCUUCAUUGGGGAGCACCCUUCAAAUGAAUAUGGUGCUGAAGUGUUUACGGCUAGCUACUUCGACAGACAUUAUUGUGGUAAAUGUCUGACCUAUUGCUUCAACAAACCUAAAGACAAGUAA